AUGGAACAAAGAAGAUACGGCGGACGAGGGGCGCGAGGAUAUUUUCUCGGCUGCGUGGUUGUUAUGCUUUUGUGGAGUGUGGCCUCAGCACAAAUACAAUAUUCAAUCUCUGAGGAAGUUAACGAAGGAACUGUGGUUGGCAAUAUAGCGAAGGAUCUGGGACUAGACAAAAGCACAUUGAAAGACAGGAAAUAUCGGAUUGUUUCUAGUGGUGCAGAGUCUCUGUUCCACGUGAACCAAAAUGAUGGUAUCCUGUACGUGAGCCGAAAGAUUGACAGAGAAGAGGUGUGCGCGCAGGCGAGUACGUGUUCAAUAAAUCUGAAAACCGUUCUCGAAAACCCACUCGAGGUGCACAAUGUGAAAGUAGAGGUGCAAGAUAUAAAUGACCAUUCUCCCACUUUUCUAGAACAAGAAAAACGCUUGGAAAUAUCUGAGUCGGUUUUGCCCGGAGCAAGAUUUCAGCUAAAACCUUCACGGGAUUUAGACAGUGGCCAUUUGUCGGUGCAACAUUACAAACUCAGCCAAAACGAGCACUUCCGUUUGGAAAUAAGAGAUAAAGGAGAAGAUGGCAAAAUACCUAUCUUGGUUUUGCAAAAAUCUUUAGAUAGGGAGACAUCGGGAAGUCACUCGUUGCUACUGACGGCGCUUGAUGGGGGGAAGCCUCCGAAAACCGGUAAUAUGAAUAUCCUUGUAAAAGUUUUGGAUGUAAAUGAUAACACACCCAUUUUUUCGAAGGAUGUUUACUCUGUUACACUACUGGAAAAUGUUCAAGUAGGAAACACAGUUAUAAAAGUCAAUGCCACCGAUUUAGAUGAAGGACAGAACGGGGAAGUAGUUUACUCAUUUGGUAACAGUGUAAGUAAUAAGUUAUUUCAGCUUUUUGAUAUAAAUUCAUCAACAGGUGAAAUAACUGUCAAAGGUUUAAUCGAUUAUGAGCAAAAGGACAAGUACGAAAUUGAAAUUGAGGCAUCAGAUAAAGGUCUCGCUCCUCUCACUACAGAGAAAAGCGUCAUUAUUAAGAUAGUUGACAUUAAUGAUAAUGCACCUGAGAUUGAAGUUACCUCAUUUUCAAGCUCCAUCCCCGAAGACUCCAGACCUGGAACUACAGUUGCUCUUAUUAGUAUCAAUGACCUGGACUCUGGUCUUAAUGGAAAAAUUAUUUGUUCCAUAAAUGAAGAUGUUCCUUUCACUUUAUCACCAUCCUUACAAGAUAAAAUGUAUUCAUUAGUCACCAAAUCUCCCCUGGACAGAGAGAAACAAUCACACUAUGACCUGACAAUAACUGCUAAAGACGCUGGUCAUCCUCCAUUAUCUUCUGAAAAGACCAUAAGCGUCGUGCUGUCAGAUGUGAAUGACAACCGUCCACAGUUUUCACUCAGUCCUUAUACUUUCUAUGUGACUGAAGCCAACGAGCCAGGUACCUCUGUGUUUUCAGUGAAAGCUUUUGAUCGGGAUGAAAAUGACAACGCGCUUAUUUCAUAUCAUAUUCUCAGAAAUGGAGGAGAAGAAAAUAAGUUGGCAUCUUUCCUGAACAUAAACACUGAAACUGGAGAUAUUUUGGCGCUGAAAAGUUUCGACUUUGAAACAGUGAAAACGUUCCAGUUCCAAGUUGUGGCCUCAGAUUCUGGAACUCCGUCCCUGAGCAGCAACGUCACAGUGAACGUGUUCAUUCUGGAUCAGAACGACAACGCUCCAGUCAUCCUGUAUCCAGUCAGCUCCAACGGCUCUGCUGAAGGUGUGGAGGAGAUUCCCCGCAAUGUGAACGCAGGACACUUGGUGACUAAAGUCAGAGCCUAUGACGCUGAUAUAGGAUAUAAUGGCUGGUUGCUCUUCUCACUGCAGGAAGUCACUGAGCACAAUCUCUUUUCUUUGGACCGCUACACAGGACAGAUCAGAACACUUCGCUCAUUCACAGAGACAGAUGAGGCUGAGCAGAAACUCAUCAUACUGGUCAAAGACAAUGGCAAUGUGUCCCUCUCUGCUACAGCUACUGUCAUUGUCAAAGUUGUGGAGCCCAAAGAGGCUUUUGCUGCUUCUGAUGUGAAAAGUGCAGCAAAGGAUGAGGAGGAGAGUAAUGUCACUUUUUAUCUCAUGAUCACUUUGGCCUCAGUCUCAGCUCUUUUCAUCAUCAGCAUCAUCGUGCUGAUUGCAAUGCAGUGCUCCAAAUCCACUGACUAUACCUCCAAAUAUCUACAAGAGACUAACUAUGACGGCACACUGUGUCACAGCAUCCAGUACAGAUCUGGAGACAAACGCUACAUGUUAGUGGGACCCAGAAUGAGUAUAGGAUCCACCAUAGUCCCGGGCAGCCAUGCCAACACACUAGUGCUCCCUGACAGGAGGAGGGCAUCCACAGAGGUAAGGCUUAAACAUGUAGUAAAGGGUGGUUUACUGCACAGAUUAAUAUGA